UAGGACCAGUCUUAAUCAAAGUAGUUCGUCUCUUAAAACGAGUUUCUACUUGUCAUUAAAAGUGUAUAUUUUUGUUGGGAGUUUAUUAGGUUCUCCUCCUACCACCUCUUAGUUGACCUUUAAUGAUGGACUCAAUAGUUUGGUGCAAAGUGACAAAAAAAGGGUAAGAAAACAAAAGUCGAUCUUGAAGAUUUUUAUAUAAAUUUUUUUUUUCUGGGCAAUCCUGUUUGGUUGCCAAGGAAGUGAGCCACCAAAACAAUGGGGAUCGUUUCAGAAGAAGCCAUUGAUGAAUUUCAGGAGCUGAUGGAUCAAGCUGAGGAGCCGUUGAAGAAAACAUUUGAGAGAGUCCAUCAGGGAUAUCUGAGGGAGAAUUUGGGUCGUUUUCUGAAAGCACGAGACUGGAACGUAUGCAAAGCUCACACAAUGCUGGUUGAGUGUUUGCGUUGGAGGGUGGAUAAUGAAAUUGACAGUAUCCUAUCCAAACCCAUUGUUCCUACUGAGUUGUAUUGGGACGUACGAGAUUCUCAACUAAUAGGAAUGUCAGGUUACACCAAAGAGGGCUUGCCUGUCUUUGCUAUUGGCGUCGGCCUCAGCACAUUUGAUAAAGCUUCUCCUGCGUCAAAGUUCUAGACAUGACAGGAUUGAAACUUUCAGCUCUUAGCCAAAUCAAGUUAGUGACUAUCAUAUCGACCAUCGAUGAUCUAAACUAUCCAGAGAAGACAAACACGUACUAUGUUGUCAAUGCCCCAUAUAUAUUUUCCGCAUGUUGGAAGGUUGUAAAACCUCUUUUACAAGAGAGGACGAGGCAAAAGGUUCAUGUUUUAUCUGGUUGUGGAAUGGAUGAAUUAUUGAAGAUUAUGGACUUCACAUCCCUCCCACAUUUCUGUAGAGGAGGAAGCUCUGGGUCAUCUCACCACACUCAGAGCGCAAAUUGUUUUUCUAUCGAUCAUCCCUUCCAUCAACAGCUAUACAACUAUGUGAAGCACCAUUAUGAAACCCGAGGACAAGCAGAACCUGCAAAGCAAGGGUCAUUCCACGUGGGUUUUCCUGAGCCUGAAGCUGAACGUUGUGUGAUAGCCAAAACCAUAGAAUCGGAACUGCACAAGAUUGAGAAUUGCAACAGUCUGGCCAUGUCCAUUGGUGACAGACAAGCAAGUCAUGAAAAACUGGAAGAUGAUGAACCCUGAAUGCUUCCAAGGAAAAUCCAUUCAGUGCCUCUACAAUUAAGAUAUAUAUAUAUUACGGGUGAGCUAGCAAUCUAAAUGAGUAAACGAGAACCGAGCUAAGUCCUCUCCCUAAGCCAUGCAAAUGUAAAGCGAAAAAACAAAAAGAGAAUAAAUCUUGAACUUAAUGCAUAGGUUGCUUCAUGUAUAGUGUUAUUUGAUCCUUUGUUGUAGCAAAAGUUUUUUUGGAAAUCUACCUCUCAUUUCCCUAAGCAUCUGUGUGAGUGUUGUGUAA